GAAGGCUUGGAACCGCGGCGACGGUGGCUGACGCAGGGAUCCCGCGGCUGCGGCGACGGCGGCGGCGGUCGUGGUGGUGGCGACGGCGGCCGGAGUGGGCUGGUGUUCCCGGCUGAGCAUGGUAGCAGCCUGUGGUCUGGGUCCCUUCGUCUGGUGUCAGGCACAUCUUGAAGAGCCAGUAAGCCUGGGCACCCACAGCCCAGCUAAUGAAGGAGUGAUCCACCUAUCCCAGCUUGACCAUCUGAUGGGUGACACAAGCCAAAUAAUUUGAGAAAACACCAGGAACAUCAUUGCACAGGUGACUAAAUGGUGGCCUCUGUGACAGAUGGCCAUCUAGGCAUGUGCGGCCCCCGAGGUCGCCUGUGACUUCUGGAAGUAGAGGUCUACAAGCCCACCACACAGGCCGCACCAGCCCAUGGGGUCCCUAGAGCCCCGGGGAGCCAGCUGACGGUCCAGAACCCCCCAGGCCAGCCAUGGCAGGAGCCGAGGGCUUCCAGUACAGGGCUGUGUACCCAUUCCGCCGGGAGCGGCCUGAAGACCUGGAGCUGCUCCCUGGGGACCUCCUGGUGGUGAGCCGGGUGGCCCUACAGGCACUUGGUGUGGCUGAUGGAGGAGAGCGCUGCCCACACAAUGUGGGCUGGAUGCCUGGCUUCAACGAGCGCACCCGACAGCGAGGGGACUUCCCCGGGACAUACGUGGAGUUCCUAGGACCCGUGGCUCUGGCUCGACCAGGCCCUCGCCCACGGGGGCCCCGUCCGUUGCCCGCCAGGCCCUUGGAUGGAUCUUCUGAGUCAGGUUCUGUAUAACACAGGCCUCCUGCCUUCAUCCCCAGAGUGCUGGAGUGAUGGCUGUCCACUCCCACACCUUGCACUGAGCUCUUACCGUCCUUCGUGUCCUCCACUAUCCCUGGGCUUGCAGAUUCCUUGUGGCCACAUACUCCCAGACCUGGCAGAGCAGUUCUCCCCACCUGACCCUGCUCCCCCGAUUCUGGUGAAGCUGGUGGAAGCCAUUGAGCAAGCAGAGCUGGACAGUGAAUGCUACAGUAAGCCGGAGCUGCCCGCAACACGGACAGACUGGUCCCUGAGUGACUUGGAGCAGUGGGACCGCACCGCCUUGUAUGAUGCUGUUAAGGGCUUCCUGCUGGCGUUGCCUGCAGCUGUGGUGACCCCUGAAGCUGCAGCAGAGGCGUACCGGGCACUUCGAGAGGUUGCAGGCCCCGUGGGGCUGGUGCUGGAACCCCCAACACUGCCGCUGCACCAGGCUCUCACACUGCGUUUCCUGCUGCAACACCUGGGUCGUGUGGCCCGCAGAGCACCCUCGCCAGAUACAGCUGUCCAUGCACUGGCCAGUGCCUUCGGGCCGCUACUGCUGCGCAUACCUCCGUCAGGGGGCGAGGGUGAUGGGAGUGAGCCUGUACCCGACUUCCCUGUGCUGCUGCUAGAGAGGCUGGUGCAGGAGCAUGUGGAGGAGCAAGACGCUGCCCCCCCAGCGCUACCACCUAAGCCCUCUAAGGCAAAGCCGGCACCCACAGCUCUGGCCAAUGGAGGGAGCCCGCCCUCGCUUCAGGAUGCAGAGUGGUACUGGGGGGACAUCUCCAGGGAAGAGGUGAAUGAGAGACUCCGGGACACACCUGAUGGUACCUUCUUAGUCAGAGAUGCAUCCAGCAAGAUCCAAGGAGAGUACACGCUCACCCUCAGGAAAGGCGGGAACAACAAGUUGAUCAAAGUCUUCCACCGGGAUGGUCACUAUGGCUUCUCAGAGCCCCUUACCUUCUGCUCCGUGGUGGAACUCAUCUCCCACUACCGCCACGAAUCACUGGCCCAGUACAACGCCAAGCUGGACACACGCCUUCUCUACCCUGUGUCCAAGUACCAACAAGACCAGGUGGUGAAGGAGGACAGCAUAGAGGCUGUGGGCGCCCAGCUCAAGGUCUACCACCAGCAGUACCAGGACAAGAGCCGCGAAUAUGACCAGCUGUAUGAAGAAUACACACGGACCUCCCAGGAGCUGCAGAUGAAGCGCACAGCCAUAGAGGCCUUCAACGAGACCAUCAAGAUCUUCGAAGAGCAGGGCCAGACACAGGAGAAAUGCAGCAAGGAGUAUUUGGAGCGCUUCCGGCGAGAGGGAAAUGAGAAGGAGAUGCAGAGGAUCCUGCUGAACUCCGAGCGACUCAAGUCUCGCAUCGCGGAGAUACACGAAAGCCGCACGAAGUUGGAGCAGGAUCUGCGGGCGCAGGCCUCCGACAACCGUGAGAUCGACAAGCGCAUGAACAGCCUCAAACCUGACCUCAUGCAGCUGCGCAAGAUCAGGGACCAGUACCUCGUGUGGCUCACCCAGAAAGGUGCCCGACAGAGGAAGAUCAACGAAUGGCUGGGAAUCAAGAACGAGACUGAGGACCAGUAUUCACUGAUGGAGGAUGAGGACGCCCUCCCCCACCACGAGGAGCGCACGUGGUACGUGGGCAAGAUCAACCGCACACAGGCGGAGGAGAUGCUGAGUGGCAAACGAGACGGGACCUUCCUCAUCCGGGAGAGCAGCCAGCGGGGCUGUUACGCAUGCUCCGUGGUGGUGGACGGCGACACGAAGCACUGUGUCAUCUACCGCACAGCCACCGGCUUCGGCUUCGCAGAGCCCUAUAACCUGUACGGGUCCCUGAAGGAGCUGGUGCUGCACUACCAGCACGCAUCACUCGUGCAGCACAAUGACGCACUUACCGUCACCCUCGCACACCCUGUGCGUGCCCCCGGGCCUGGCCCACCGUCUGCAGCACGCUGAGCGCCCACCUCGCCUGCCUCCCUGUCCAUGUCUGUCUCCAGAUCCCCUCCCCUGGUGAACACGCGCAGGAGGCCAUCCCUCCCGCUGCGCCUGCCAUGUUUACAGAGGCUGUGGGGCCACUGGCCUGGGCGCCCUGAGUUCUUCAAGCCAUAUCCCCGGGGUUAGAAAGGAACCGCGCUAGGUGGUUUCCAGGAACUCAGGCCUGGACACUCGGGGCCGGGCGGGACCCGCCCCGCGGACCCCAACUUCCCCUCUUAAGGUCGAAGUGAAACCAGUCACAGGGGGUUACCCCGCAGCUGCCGAGAAUCUUCCCCACUCUGGCGGGCAAAAUACAAACUCUGGCCCUCGCCCAGGCCCUGCGCUGUUCUCCAGACUGUGCAAUCGCCUCCCCUUUGGGACAAGGGCCCUGGGUGUGUCCCUGCUCCCUGGACCCCAUACCUGCCCAGGGCGGAUGGGCAGCAGGUUUUGUACGGUACAUUUAUUGAUACGAAUAUGAAACAUUGUACCUGUU